UAUCCGGAAGUAGCUAACAUCUAUUUUUAUUCUGUCUAUCUACGGUAUGUGAGAAAGACUUGUACGGGAAGAGGAGAAGAGGCUGUAGACGAGAAGGAUCGAUUAUAAGACUGGUGUUGUCGGGUGGCACAGAGCCUUUGAAGAUCGACACCGUCCACAAAACCCAGGCUAUUCCGCUGGAUUUGGAAACGUUUCUGUAACGGUGAUCGUUUAUUUGAUCCGAUACAGGAUGUCUGGACAGAGCAUUACAGACAGGAUAACCGCCGCUCAGCACAGUGUCACCGGGUCGGCGAUUUCCAAAACUGUGUGCAAGGCGACCACGCAUGAAAUAAUGGGGCCAAAAAAGAAACAUUUGGAUUACUUGAUUCAGUGCACAAAUGAGAUGAAUGUGAACAUCCCUCAGCUGGCUGACACACUGUUUGAGAGGACCACCAACACCAGCUGGGUGGUUGUCUUCAAGUCCCUCACCGCCACACACCAUCUGAUGGUUUACGGCAAUGAGAGAUUUAUACAGUACCUGGCGUCAAGGAACACACUAUUCAACCUCAGCAAUUUUCUGGACAAAAGUGGCUUACAAGGCUAUGAUAUGUCAACGUUCAUAAGGAGAUACAGCCGCUACCUGAAUGAGAAGGCCGUGUCCUACAGACAAGUUGCUUUCGACUUCACUAAAGUGAAAAGAGGGUCUGAUGGAGUGAUGAGAACCAUGAACACAGAGAAACUCCUCAAGACCAUCCCUAUCAUCCAGAAUCAGAUGGAUGUGUUACUUGAUUUCAAUGUCAAUGCCAAUGAACUGACAAAUGGUGUGAUCAACGCAGCGUUCAUGCUUCUGUUCAAAGAUGCGAUCCGACUGUUUGCAGCAUACAAUGAAGGAAUAAUCAACCUCCUGGAGAAAUACUUUGACAUGAAGAAAGUCCAGUGCAAAGAAGGCCUUGACAUCUACAAGAAAUUCCUUACGCGAAUGACAAGAAUCUCAGAGUUCCUCAAAGUUGCAGAGCAGGUCGGAAUUGAUCGAGGGGACAUCCCAGAUCUGUCUCAGGCCCCCAGUAGCCUGCUUGAUGCCCUGGAGCAGCACUUGGCCUCUUUAGAGGGAAAGAAAGUCAAAGACUCCACAGCAGCCAGCAGGGCUAGCACCCUCUCCAAUGCGGUCUCCUCCCUGGCCAACACAGGCAUAUCUUUCACCAAAGUGGACGAAAGGGAAAAACAGGCAGCCCUGGAGGAAGAGCAAUCUCGCCUAAAAGCACUAAAGGAGCAGCGUCUGAAAGAGCUCCAGAAGAAUCCCGCUGCAGCGACCACAGACUCCUCCCCUGUCUCCACGGUGGGCGGGACCAUCAACUCAGCACCUGCCAUUGACCUCUUCUCCACCCCCAGCUCCACCAACAGCACCUCUAAGGCAGCCAAUGAACUGCUGGACCUGCAGCCGGCUUUCCAGCAGGCGCUGCCUCUCUCCACCACCAACACAUGGGGAGAUCCUUUCACCUCUGCUGCAGAAGCUGUGGAGGAAUCCAUUCCAAACUCAAACCCUUUCCUCACACUACCUGUUGUCGAUGCUGUCCAGCUGUCCACGGCGUCCUCAGACGCUGGCAGUCUGUCCUCUAGGACACCUAGCCAUGAAGUGUUUGUAGGGUUUACAGCCUCCCCAACUCCCCAGCAGCCACAGAACUCUCGAGGCCUUAACGUUGACUUUGACUCAGUAUUUGGCAACAACACCAAUGCCAACAACAUAGAAUCUACAGGUGGCAUCCUCAAACCCACAGUGGCAUCCUCACCCAGUCAGGGCAUGACCCUGAACGGCCAACAGUCCCACAAACUGGUAUCCAAUGACCUGGACUCGUCGCUGGCCAAUCUUGUCGGAAAUCUGGGAAUUGGCAACGGCACAACAAAGAAUGAUCUUCACUGGAGUCAGCCUGGCGAGAAGAAGCUGACAGGCGGAACCAACUGGCAACCCAAGACAGCUCCUUCUACCACCUGGAACCCUGCAACCAUGGCACCAUCUGUCAUGGCCUUCCCCACAACCACACCGACAGGCAUGAUGGCAUAUGCAAUGCCUCCCCACAUGGGCUCCAUGAUGAUGACACAGCCCACUGUGAUGUAUACCCAGCCUGUGAUGAGGCCAGCCAACCCCUUUGGCGCCAAUCCAGGUGCACAGUCACCCACAACUUCCAGUCCUUCCAGUCUGAGCCCCCUCAGAGCAGCAGGGAAGGACCCCUUUGCGCAGCUCUUUCUGCAGAAUUUCUUAUAGAGCAUCUUUAGAUGCAGUUUAUGUAACCUGAAGGAGGGUGGGGGGGUCUUUCCCGUCUGAAGAUGAUUCAUGACAAAUUCAACUAUACGAGCAAACCUGCAGUUUGCUUCUAAUGAACUCACCUCUCUCUGAGAAUGAAAGGCCCAAAUAAGACUUGAAUAAAAUCACGGUGACUGGGAGCGGCUCUGACCAUCUCAGAGAGGCAUCACAGUGGACAUUGUGCCCAUCUUGUCAUGUCUAAGUCAUGAAAGGAGAAGAAGAGUGCGUGCUGCCAUUCAAAACCAUGUGGACAGGGAUCAGCCCCUACUUUAUCCUGGACUAAGAGAAACAUCACCCGAGGGAAGAGCUUUUUAACAUCGCUGUUUAUGCACCUGGGGGGAAACAAAGUCGUUGUCACACAUACACACUGUUUGAGUUGUCUUCUUUUGUUCCUCUUUCUCCAGGUGAGGCUGGGAGAGUCACUUAUUUUGAUUAUCAAUCAUGAUUACCUUCUUAAAGCAUCCCCAAAUUAGGAAAAUAAUUGCAACUCUUUAUAUACCACACAUCUUUGUUUUAUUUUUUGUAUGUAUUGUUUGCAGUAGACAUUCCUUGUGUAUUGUUUGUAUUUAUUUAUGAUUACCUACAUAGAAGAUGACAAAAAAGUAAAUGUAACUAGUCACUGACCUCCUCCUUGCGGAAGGUCUUCAGGUUUAUAGUUAUGGUUUAUAGGUAUGAUUGAUUGUAGAAUUGGAUUUUGAGUGAUUGAGAUGAUUUUUUAAAAAAAGAAGUUAAUAUAAAGUUUAAAGAGAUGACACGUUUUGCUGUUGGGGCACUAAAUAUUCUCUGUACUCGCAUGAUGCCUUGUACAGUUAUCUGUGGCUCGAGGGGUCACACGGAAGAUGCGUAUGAACGUAAUAAUUCAUUCACACCGUGAAAUCGGUGGGGUCGAUUUCUACCAAUUUGGCGAGGGAACAUUUUUCACAUCAGCAAAAAGCACUACAUUUUGUGAUUGAGGCAGCAUUGCAUUGGAAAGGAAUCUGCAUUUAUGCUUUUGACGCUUUUGGCAUGCCAUUUAUUCUUACAUUUAACAAAGCUCCUGGCUGCCCUUUUUCCAACCUGAAUGUGCAGGGUCCCUUUCAUGCUCAGAUCAUGUUUCCAUAGGCCAGCACAGGGUUCGUUUAGGACAAUGUGGAGGCAAAGGGAGGCAUCGGGUGUAGGUUGAGGUCAGACGAGUAACAGAGGGGUGUGGAUGGGGCCAGAGAGGCGUAGUUGUGCAGGAGAAUAGAGCACUGUUGAUCGGUGCUUUGUGUAUAUAAAACUUUUCCUGCCAAUCACAGGACUGGGUGAGUGCAGGUAUGAAAGAUGAUCUGAACAUAAAAGCGGCCCUUAAUCCAUUAACUGAGCAUAUUUGCUGCAUUGUCCCUGCAGAUUAUAUUUUUGUUUGUUUGAUUUUUCCAAUAAAGUGCAAGCUUCCACA